CUUUCAUGUCAACACAGUCAGAUGUAACUUUUCUGUGUCCCCUCCUCCCUCCCUCCAUGGCCCCAUCCCAAUUAGUGGUCAUGGCAUCUUCCACACCUCCCUUAGAUAUCACAGAGUCUGACUGAGAGAGAUCAAAACUGAGAGAUUCCAUAACAGAGAAUCAGUGCUUCUGUUUUUUUCUCUACAGUGUGUCUAAAAAAUAAACAAUUUAAAAGCAAAGAUAUGAACUCAUCAACUUUACUUGAAAUUUUUUAUUUCUGAAAGCAGAGAUAUUAUUUUCUUCUCAGAAAAUUAUUUUAUUUUUAGGAGGAAGUGUUAGUUAUGCCAACACCAGUGACUACAGCGAGACAGUGCUUAACAGCAGAAGCUUCAAAAGGUUUAGAUGAAGCUGUUACCGUUGCUAAACGUAGAGGUCAUGCACAGACAACUUCACUUCACGUAAUCUCUUCAUUUUUGAUACUUCCUUCGUCUUCCAUCCUCCGGGACGCUUGUUUACGCACGCGCAACUCUUCGUACUCGUCGAAUGUUAAGUUUAAAGCUUUAGAGCUUUGUUUUAAUGUCGCACUUGACCGUUUACCUUCAUCACAACAUAAUGGUAGUAGUGGAAAUGGUAAUGAACCGCCGGUUUCUAAUUCGUUAAUGGCUGCCAUCAAAAGAUCUCAAGCUAACCAGAGGAGGAACCCGGAGAGUUAUCAUCUUUAUCAUCUUCAACAAAACCAGCAGCAAUCUUCAGUUUCUUGUGUCAAAGUUGAAACUCAGCAGCUGGUGCUGUCUAUACUUGAUGAUCCUGUUGUUAGUCGUGUUUUCGCUGACGCAGGGUUCCGUAGUACCGAUAUAAAGUUCUCCAUACUUCGUCCAUUACGGUAUAAUUCAUCGUACCCGCCUUUGUUUCUGUGUAAUCUAGCAGCUGGUGCAGCAGCAGGAGUUGGUCCUGAUGGUGUUUCUGUAAGUGACUAUGAAUCUGGCCGGAAGAGUUUUAGCUUUCCGUUCUCAGGGUUUUCCGAAAUUUCUGACGGAGACGAGAAUUGCAGGAGAAUUGGAGAAAUUCUUGUGAGGAAGAAAGGUAGAAAUCCGUUACUAGUUGGUGUCCAUGCUAAAGAUGCUAUAACAAGUUUCAAAGAAAAUGUAGAGAGUCAGAAAAACGGAGUGUUGCCGGUUGAAUUGCCCCGGUUGGAUUUUAUAUCCAUCGAAAGCGAAGUUAUGGAGUUUGUUGCCAAGAAUGGAAGUGAAAGACGAAUGGGUUCGAAAUUUGAUGAGUUGAGUCAAUUAGUAAAGAAUUCUUCUGGUGUUGUUGUCAGUUUUGGAGAUUUAAAUGGCUUCGCAGGAGAUGGUUCGAGCGGCGGCGAUGCUAGUAGUUAUUUGAUUUCGAAAUUGACAAAUUUGGUGGAGACUUGCAGUGGCAAGUUAUGGCUAAUGGGUUCAACAAGUAGUUAUGAGACAUAUUUGAGGUUUAUCACAAAAUUUCCUACUGUUGAAAAAGAUUGGGACUUGCAGAUUUUACCUACUGCUUCUUUUAGAUCUUCCAUUGGUGGCUACUUCUCUAAACCUCACAGCUUAAUGGAGUCAUUUAUACCACUAGGCGGGUUCUUUUCCACACCGCCCAACCUGGCGGCUCCGCUAGGCAGCACAUACCGACCUUUUUCUCGCUGCAAACUGUGCAGUGAUAAGUGUGAGCAAGAAGUUUCUGCUGUUCUGACGGUGGGACGGACCAAUUCACAGUCAGAUCAGCACCAAGCAAGCUUGCCUGCGUGGCUGCAGUCUGCUGACGUCGACACAAACAUUGGGAUGGAUUUGGGCAAGGCCAAAGAUGAUAAAACAGAAUUACAUGCUAAAGUUACAGUGCUGCAAAAGAAAUGGAAUGAUAUUUGCCAAUGUCUCCACCACAACAGCUCACCGUUGGAAGGAGAUGUUAGUCGAGCGGGAUCACAAGCAUUUCCUUGCAUUAUGGGUUUUCCAGUUGCGCAGGAAAGGAAAGAAAGAGUCGGUGGUCAUGCUAACACUAUGUUUGAUGAAAGUGAAUGUGAUAGUGCACAGCUGGAGUUGCCUAAGGCCUCGGAACAGGGUGUAACCUUGUCAGCUCCGGUUGAUUUGAAAGAUAAAAGCACCAUAACCUUGUCAGGGAGUUCUCCACAGAAACUGCCCCAAAGACCUUCUUCCAAGGGUGACGCGAAUCCUGCUUACUCUCUAUCUGUUGUACUUGAUGGUCACGGGUCUCCUUGCUCCGCUGCGUCGGUUACAACAGAUUUAGGUCUCGGAACACUCUACUCGUCUCUCCAGGACCCAAAGCAUCCCACUAGUCAAGCUAAUGAAGAAAUUGAGGUGGUCAAAGGAAAACCUCUCAAGCCCCACCAGCUUCAAUCUUCUUCCUGCACAGGGCCUAAUUCAAGUGCACAGUUUGAUUCGACAGAUUUCAAGUUAUUCUUGAAAUCUCUUAAAGAAAAGGUUGGCCGACAAGAUGAAGCAAUAUAUGCGGUGAGCCGUACUGUAGCUCUCUGCAGAUCAGGAAAGGAACGGCGCCGCAGAGCAAGCUUGAAAGGUGACAUAUGGUUCAGUUUCCUCGGGUCUGACAUGGUUGCCAAAAAGAAACUUGCUAUUGCCCUUGCAGAGAUGCUGUUCGGCAGCAGAGAAAGUGUAAUAUGUGUGGAUUUAGCUUGUCCUGACGGGGUCUCUCCACCAAACUCGAUCUUUCAUUCCAAAAAGAUGAAUGGUUUCGACACAAGUUUCAGAGGGAGUUUUAUAGUUGACUACAUCUAUUCAGAGAUAAGGAAGAAUCCACUGUCAGUAGUUUUUCUCGAAAAUGUCGAUAAGGCGGAUACCGGGGUGCAUAAUUGCCUAGUCCAUGCUAUCCAGACCGGCAAAUUUAUAGAUUCUCGUGGACGAGAGAUUGGUAUCAACAAUUCUGUCUUUGCAGUUACGUCAAGCGAGAUCAAGAGUAAUGAAACGUUCAGUUUCAGGAAAGAAACACAAAAAUUCUCUGAGGAAAAGAUUCUAGUAGCCCAAGGCUGGCAAAUGCAGAUACUGAUCAGAAAUGACCCUGAGUACUGCAUCCCCGCAUUACUCAAUAAGUCUAACGUAUUCGUGUCUUCAAGAAACCCCAGUUCUAUUCCAGCAUUUUUGAACAAAAGAAAGCUGAAUGAAACCAUGGAAACAGCGAAACGAAUUCAGAAAACGUCCAGUAAGUGUCUGGACUUGAACUUACCCGUCGAAGCAGCUUCAGAAGAUUCUACUUUAGCUUCUCUGGAUAAUUUAACUAGCCUAGUGGAUGAAUGUGUGGUAUUUGAGCCCUUCGACUUCGACUCCCUUGCCAGUGACAUACUGAAAAAAAUGGACGAAAGCUACAAGAACACAAUUGGGAAUGAGGGUUUCUUGGAAGUUGAUUCACAAGCAAUGGAGCAAAUACUUGCAGCUGCAUGGUUGUGCGACAGCAGAAACUCAUUGGACAAUUGGGUCGAAUAUGUUGUUGGCAGUACUUUUGCUGAGGCUCGGGAAAGAUAUAGUGUUGGAACUGGUACAGUUUUGAAACUUGUUAGCUGUGAGGGUCUCCCAAUGCAGGAUCAAGCAUUGGAAGUUUGCCUUCCUGCAAGAAUUAUUCUGCAGUGAUGGAAUUCUUGCAAGUGCCGUGAUGUAUAAAGUAUAGUAUUAAUGUAGUAAAAUCCCGAUCAGAAAAAAGUAUUAAUGUAGUAAAUUAGAGUCUGUAAUUUUCAGCUUUAACCUGUUUAAUCCCAUGGUUUUAAUUUUCUCUUCAGGAAAAAAGUGAACCACGUUCAUACAUAAA